CAGAGAUUUGGGGGGGUACACUGUCUCAGAGAGAGAAAUACAAAGAGUUGGGUGGAGAGCAGACACUCCGAGUGACAGGAAGAUAGUAGAAUCCUGUGGCUGGGGAACAGUGGGUGGCAGAAAUAAGAGAGGGAGUCCCAUAAAGAGGGCUGGGGAUCCAGAGGGCCAGGGCAAUAGUGACAGGGUGAGGAAUGGGAGAUAGUGACCCACAGACAGGCAGGGCCACGUGUCUCCUGCCAGCUCUGACAGGGACAGCUGCGGCCUAGCUGGGUAACCUGAGCCCCCCACCCCCCCUCGCUGUAUUUAUAGCCCUGGACUGGCCUGGUCUCCUGCCCUUGGCUCCAGGGACAGCAGGUCACAGGUGUGUGUGCUGGAGCGAGCUCCUUCCACCCCUGUCCAGGGCCUCCGUACUGUCAUCCACACUCUCGGCAAAGGCUCCCGCUCUGGCCAGAAACUCCCCAGAAUCCAAUCCCCAAUCCUUCCGUGGCAGAGGUCUCUCCUCUCAGAUGGGUCCCUCCAGCCCCCACAGUUGUCUUAGGCUCCCCCCAACUUGGCCCACUAAAAGUCUACCCAUUAUCUUUGCUGCUACAAAACAUGAACUUGUUGGCAACCAAGUCAAGCCCUUUGUCCCCAGUCCUGGCCAGGCUGAGACCCCUUCACCUGCCCCUUCCCCAGCUCUGGGAGGAGGAGGAGCAGGAGGGGAGGGGCAGGCGGGGACUGACCCAGAAUAACUCUGGGCAGAAAGUAAAUUUAGCCACAGAGAGGGGAGGAGAGAGACCCUAUUGGCUGGGAGGUGGGGAGGGAGGGCCUGAGAGGGGGGUGAGGGGGCUCCUGAGACAGCCUCCAGGGGGGUCCAGCAGUGAGGGCCAGGAGGAAGGCAGACAGCAGAGGCAACAGGGGACAUAGCAAAGGAAAGACACAAGCAGAAAGAACCAGAAGGACCCAAAAAGGCGCAAAGAACGCAACACUCGUCCACAGAGCCACAGAGGCAGCUGGAGCCAGCCCUGGGAGAAGCUCUGCUGCCUGUCUGUCCCCAUGGGCCACCGGGGGCCAUGGCUGCACACUUCUCUCCUCUGGGUGGCCGUGGCCAGUCUGCUCCUCCCCCCUGCCAUGACCCAGCAGCUGAGAGGGGCUGGGCUGGGCCCCAGCAACUGGAACAACAAUGCGGGAGUUGUGGGGCCCUCAGAAGACGUAUCUGGUGACUUUGGCCACCCCAUGCACAGCCACAGAGGCCACAGAGAUGAGAACGAGGACGUCUCCAGGGAGUACAGUCACGGAGACCACAGGUACCAAGUCCACGAGGUCAGAGAAGAGAAUAUCCCAGAUGAGGAGGUCUUCACUGAACAUGCUCGGCAGGCUCAUGGGCACAGAGGCCAUGGGAACGAAGAUGUGGAUGAUUCAGAUGAGCCCGGACCCCACUUCCCCAGCCACAGAAGCCAGGGCCACCAAGACGAGGAUGAAAUUGAGUCCAGCAAGGAUCACCAUCAUACCACCAGGCACAUCCAUGGAGGCCACGGAGAAGAGGACGAUGAAGACGAGGAGGAAGGGGUGGUGGUCUCCACUGAGGAUGGACACCAGGCCCACGGGCACGGAGGCCACGGAAGGGAAGAGGAUGAAGACCUCUCAGAUGAACAUCCCCAUCACCUCCCCAGCCACGGGCACCGAGACCAUGGAGAAGAAGAAGGUGGUGAUGAUGAUGAUGAUGUCAUCUCCACUGAAUACGGACACCAGGCCCACAGGCACCGAGGCCACAGGAAGGAAGAGGAUGAAGACCUCUCAGAUGAACACCACGAUCACAGCCCCAGUCACGAACACCGAAGCCACAGAGGAGAUGAGGAAGAGGACACGUCCGCUGAGGAUGGACACCAGGCCCACUGGCACCGAGGCCAUGGGAGGGAAGAGGAUGAAGACAUCUCAGAUGAACACCAUCACCAUAUCCCCAGCCACGGACACCGAGGCCAUGGAGACGAAGACGGGGAUGAGGAUGAGUCUACCGAACAGUGGCACCAGAUUCCCAGACAUACUCACCUUGGAGAUGAGGAGGAAGAGGAAGAGGAGGUCACAGUCACGUUCAGCCACCAUGUUGCAAGCUCCCAACACCCGGGCCCCGAGAGCACGGAGGAGGACGACUUUCCAGAUGAAUAUAAGUCAGUAGCCCCUGCCCAUGGAGUCCCCAAGGACGAAGACGAGGACAUCUCUGACAAGCUUGGUCACCAGGCUCCCAGCCACAGGCAACAAGGCCACCAAGGUGAAGGGCCUGGCCCCAGAGGGUCUGCGGAAGAUGCGAUUAGCCACCUGCCCCUGGAACACAUGGGGGUCAAGGAUAGAAGCCAUGUGAGGGAGAGAGAUUCUGAGGAGGGAGAGGAGGAGGAAGACCGGAGCUCCCACGGGGAAGACGAUGAAAGCUUAGAACAGGGAGAAGAAGGCACCCGCCAUGGCAGCCUAGAUCAGCAGGAUGAAGAAGAUGAGGAGGAAGGUCAUGGCCUCAGCCUGAGCCAGGAGGAGGAGGAGGAGGAGAAGAGGGAAGGGAGGGCUGAGGUUCAGACCCCAACGAGCCAAGACCACCGGGAGGGGGAAGAGGAGGAGGACGGGCUGGAGGAAGAGGAGCUCCCCUUCACCAUCAUCCCUAACCCGAUGGCCAGGAGGGAGGUGGCCGAGGGUGGCUCCAGUGAGGAGCAGAGUGGCGAGGACACGGAUCUGCAGGGGGCCCAGGAGUACAGCAACUACCAGCCUGGGUCCCUGUGCGGCUACUGCUCCUUCUGCAAUAGAUGCACUGAAUGUGAGAACUGUCACUGCGAUGAGGAGAACAUGGGGGAGCACUGCGACCAGUGCCAGCACUGCCAGUUCUGCUACCUCUGCCCGCUGGUCUGCGAAACGGUCUGCACGCCGGGAAGCUACGUCGACUAUUUCUCCUCCUCCCUGUACCAAGCCCUGGCGGACAUGCUGGAAACUCCGGAACCCUGACCAUGGGGCUGCAGUGC